AUGGAAGGGGAAAAUGAAAUUAAAAUAAGAUUAAUUGAUAGAUAUGAUUCUUAUAGUGAAGAUUAUAAUUUAACAAUACAAUAUUAUAAUGUUGCCCCACCUCAAAUUAUUGAUGCACGCAUGACAAAAGAUGUAUAUCAAAAAUCUGAAAUACCACAAAUAAAAUUGAUAAUUAGAGAUGCUAGUACAUCAGAAAGAAUUAGUAUAUUUUUGAGAAUUGAUGACCAAGAUGAAUAUGAAGAGUACGCAUUUAUAACAGGUUCGACAACAGAUACAUAUUAUGAGGAUGUUCAUAUUUAUCGACUCAAGGGUGAACAAGGAAUGCACAAUGUACAAAUAAGAGUUUUUGAUACUGUAUUCAAUGCGACAACCGAUAAUCUUUCAUUUAGAAUCAAUGCGGAGCCUGCAAUUGUCGUUACAAGUUCAAUGGGAUCUUAUGAAUCUGGUGAAAGUUACUCAAUUUGGUGUCAAUUAAUGAACUUUGAAAUAGGAACACAUCCAACAGUUACAUAUAGAUUCCUAUCUGAUGAAAAUAUUUCUUUGAAUCAAGAACUUGAGAUUGGAUGGGAGUCCAAUUCUGAUUCUUUUUAUAUUUAUAUAAGGGCACCCAAUGAGACAAAUACAUUCUAUCUAUAUAUUUAUGCAUUUAAUGAGACAGGUUCCCUAAUCACCAGCAUUGCAUACCCAAUCAAAACCAAAAUGGCACUUAAAUUAAUCAAUGCUCAGCCCACUUUAAGUAGAUUUUUAGUCCCAGGUGAUGUUUCAUAUAAAUUAACAGUUCAAGGACAAGGUCCAGUCAGGAUUGCAUACGAAUUGAAUACACGCAUUUACCUGAACGACGUCUAUAUUCUAAACGGAGGAAUACAGGAAAUAAAUGUCACAUUUUACAUAAGUGAUAGCUUUUAUGGAUACAGAACUAUUUAUUUCUAUAUAAUUGAUGAUGAAAAUCAUGAACGUUAUAUAAGAUCUGAGCUUGCUACACGUACAAAUUCAAAACCAAGUAUGCAAAUCAAUGGAAUUAGUAAUUAUAAAUUAGGACAAUCACCUAAAGUCACAAUAUAUAUAAAUGAUUAUGAUGAAAGUGACACUCUAGUUGUAUAUCAUGGCUAUGAAGUAAUUUAUCAAUGGAUUUCUACUGGCAGUAUUGGACAGAAUUUUGAUUAUUAUCUUCCUCCUUGCAAUUCAUUAGGCCAUCAAAGCGAGUUAUUUGAAAUAACUGAUGGAAGAACACAAGUAACCAAAACAUUUGAUGGCCUAAUGAAUCAGUGA